AUAGGGGGACACGGGGAGAAACAGGGGGGGCACGGGGAGAGACAAGGGGACACGGGGAGAGACACGGGGGACACGGGGAGAGACGGGGACACGGGGAGAGACACGGGGAGAGACAGGGGGACACGGGGAAAGAUAAAGGGACACGGGGAGAGACCGAAAACAACGAAGCCUUAUGCAAGGGACUGCUCGGACAGCAUGCAAGACAAGAGCAGCUUGCAACAGAAGAGCAUUCCGAGCGAUUCCCUCCAAAGGAAUAUAAUAGCGUGCCUGAGAGACGAUCAAAAAGUAAACGUCACGCAACUCCGAAUACGUCUGAAACUGCCAAAGAAGGAGGUGAACAAGGCCCUCUACACGAUGGAAAACGAAGGGUUUCUACUACGGGAGAACGGUGAGGACUCGACGGCUCCACUGUGGUCGCUGGCCACCACCAACUUGCGUGAGCACGACCUCUCAAACUCGAUAGCCAUUGGAGCCUUCUCCUCGCCGGCCUCUUCUUGUCUAGCCCCCGCCAGCGCAACCCAUGCGCGACCACACGAGCCUCUGCGUGGUUACGAAUCGGAUUGGAAAAGCCAGCUGGGCACAAUUAAAAUGGAACACGACGAAGAAGCCCCCCCAGAGUGUGGGGCCGUUCUCCUUCGAGAUGGACUCUUCUCGCAGGAGGGCGCCGCAGGUCUUCGGGAAGAAGAGUCACGCAUUCCACCCAUAGGAACGGUGGCCACCUCCGGUGGCAGCAGGCCAGCGCAGCCGCUGCCAAAAACGGACGAGCCUGACUGCAGCGCCAACGUGUCGUCGGUCGAUGGUGCCGGGCGCGUCGUCCGACCGGCAUCCGAUGUCCUCCACGCAAACUGCGCGUGGCCCGCCCUGGUGGCUGCACCUCGCUACGACGGCGGUGCCCGCAAACCUCUACCCCGGUUCCUCGCAGCGAUGAUUGUGGCAGGAAGGUCGGCGUCGGUGCAGCAGCCUCAAGGGAGAACGGAGGGCGUGGGUACUCAGCCCGUGCCGGUGGGCCCCCCAUGGGGAGCCUGGACCCCGCUGAGCUCCGUGGUGACGGAGAAGACGCCCGUGAGCGAGCUCAUGGAGCUGGCGAGCACCACGAGCCAGAUAUGCAGCUUCAAACUGCUGAGCAGCUCGGGGCCGCCGCACGACCCACGGUUCCGAAUGCAGGCGGUGCUGGGAGACGUUUCGUUCGGUGUCGCUGAGGCCUCCAGCAAAAAGCAGGUGAAGCAGAUGGCCGCGCUAAACGCCCUGCAGGCCCUACACAAGGACAAGGGCGUGGGGACUCAGCCCGUGCCGGCGGGCCCCCCAUGGGGAGCCUUGGCCCCGCUGAACUCCGUGGUGACAGAGAAGACGCCCGUGAGCGAGCUCAUGGAGCUGGCAAGCGCCACAAGCCAGCUGUGCACAUUCAAACUACUGAGCAGCUCGGGGCCGGCGCACGACCCACGGUUCCGCAUGCAGGCGGUGCUGGGAGACGUUUCGUACCGUGCCGCUGAGGCCUCCAGCAAAAAGCAGGCGAAGCAGAUUGCCGCCCUGAACGCCCUGCAGGCCCUACACAAGGACAAGCGCCACUUGUGCGGCGGGGCCGAGGCGACGCUGCGAUACCCUGUGAGCAAUGAUGCCGCGUGCACGUUGCCUGCCGGCGACGCCGCUUCCUCCACGUUCGCGAGCGACGCGGCGGGGGGCGCAUCGGUGAGGGACAUCCUCCUCAUGACCAACAAGAACCCCGUGAGCACCCUCCUCGAGCUGGCCCAAGCCAAGGGCUUCGCCUGCGACUUCACCAUGGUGGCGCAGUAUGGACCUCCGCACGACCCCAGGUUCGUGAUGCAGGCUAAAGUUGGAGGCUGCGUUUUCCCGCCCGUGACGAGCAACAGCAAAAAACAAGCGAAGACGGACGUCGCCGAGGCGGUGCUGAGGUCUCUGCUGACCGAUGGGGCCUCCCUGGGCCUCUCUGACCCAAUGGCGUCCGCACUGAACUACUCCGGCAAGCGCACCUUCGAAGACGAAAUCGCGCUACUGAGCCACCAGGCGUUCAACAGCAUGACAAGCGCAUGCCAGCACCUCCUCACGGGUCGCAAGAUCUUGGCGGCGAUUGUGAUGAAGGAAGGCAACGACGAUCGCGGCAGAGUCGUCAGUUUCGGCACAGGGAACCGCUGCGUGAAGGGCGAGGAGCUGAGCCUGAGCGGGGAGACGGUGAACGACAGCCACGCCGAGGUCAUCACGCGCCGCGGGUUUAUGCGGUUCCUGUAUCACCAGCUGCUGAGCUACGACCCCGCGGGGGCACAGCCCAGCGUGUUGGUCCCGGGCGAAGACGGGAAACUGCGCGUGCGGGCGGACGUUAGCUUCCACCUCUACAUCAGCACUGCACCUUGCGGGGACGGCGCGAUAUUUGACAAGACGUGCAGCGAUGGGGUGGCCGGGGACCCACACAUACACGCGCCCAUCUUCGACAACAACAAGCAGGGCAAGCUGCGGACCAAGGUCGAGAACGGCGAGGGCACCAUCCCAGUGGAGUCGAGCGACAUUGUGCCCACAUGGGACGGGGUGCAGCGCGGCGAGCGUCUGCGCACGAUGUCGUGCAGCGACAAGGUUCUGCGCUGGAACACGCUGGGCCUGCAGGGCGCGCUGCUCUCCCACUUCCUGCACCCAAUCUACCUCUCCUCCGUCACUCUGGGCUACCUGUACAGCCACGGACACCUGGCGCGUGCCGUGUGCUGCCGCAUGGAGAAGGAAGCUGCCACCUUCAACAGCGUGGCACCCGCAGGCUUCUCCCUGCACCACCCUCGGGUGGGGCGGGUGAGCGUGUACGACUCGGCCAGGCAGGUGGGCAAGACGAAGGAGACGAGCGCCAACUGGAGCCUCGGGGACGAGCGGCCGGAAAUCCUGGAUGGCACCAAGGGCAAGGCUCUGGACCAGACCGGCGCAUUGGUGGUGUCCCGCCUAUCCAAGCGAGCGCUAUCGAAGGCCUUCACCCUCACGUGGCGCAAGUUCAAUCACCGGGAGCUGCCAGGGGGCGGCAGUUAUGCCGAGGCCAAGAUUGCUGCGGGCGACUUCCAGAUGGCCAAGCAGCGGUUGUGGGAGAGCCUGGAGCGGCUCGGCUACGGAGAGUGGAUCCCCAAACCGCAGGAAGAGGAGCAGUUCUCUAUUAAGGAGUGACAGCGGAGCUGAAGGUGCCAUCAUCGUUUAUUCCACGCAAGUCAAGAGGCCGUCCACCGCUAACGCGGUUGGUGCUGCCAUCAUCCAUUGCCAUCACUUCCACCACCUUCUGCUAGGUCCCGUCGUGAUUGCACUAAAGACUGGGUAAAAAAAGCUGUUUAAAAGAAGGCGUAUGCCAGAAACCACCACUUAAGAUGUUGUUUCAAUAUCUGGUCAUAUUUGUUUAUUCCGUUGUGGCCACGAGUUGUAGUGGUUGCCCACUCGUAUAAGCAUGGGGUGGCAUUACACUCUAGCUCUAGGCCAGUGGUGGAAAUUGCACAUUUUUAUGAUGGGGGUGAGUUAAUCCAUAAGAAAACAACUGUUGACUUCUUUAUUCCACCAUAGAGGAAUGACUAGCCCAGUCAAUCCCCGAUGAGGAUUUGAACUAACAACUUUCAGUUUUACGAGCUGCAUGCUCUGAAGUAUAAAUUACUUUUAAAUUUCUCUAAUUUUAGCUGAUGGCGUUGUGAUGUUGUCAUCGCACAAUUGUUUUGGUUUUUCUCAUCGAGUGCCUGGAAGGUGAGUGGACAAUGAUGGUCACUGUGUAUCUAAUGGGUGCAAUAAUAGCUGUGGGGCCACGUUCAUAAAGGGGCCAGAUAAAGUGGUCCAAGAUUCCCUGCCUUGGUGUGUGUGUGUCAGACAUAGCGUGCUUUUGAAUUUGAGUGUCAUUUUUUUCUGCACAAGUUAAAAGCUUUAUUAGAGUUAAGCGCUCCAUUGCUGCCCACAAUGAUGUCGGCCGCUAUCUCUAGGCCAGGAAUGUAACAAUUUCACGAGUCGCUUAUUUGUCGUUAAUGAAUGUGUCGGGAGGUCAUUGAGAUCGGUUCGACUGCCGUAGUUUCUCACAGUUGCGCUGCAUUGUACGGCGUACCAUUUUCUACGGUGCCUGAAAUUUUGUUCCAAUGUUGCUUAGAGCAUUUAGGAAAUGUAAUUCUGAAAUUCAAACAACAACACGCAGUAUAACACGAAAACAUCCUGGAAAGCUCUGGGAAUCACUAUUUACGCUUACAAUACAUGUGUAGUGGUUUCCACAAAGGCACACACUUUAACUUGGAGGCAACACGUUUAUUAUAACACCCCAACAGGAUUUCUACAUAAACGUAGACUGGUUAACUAGACCACAACGGGGUAACUACAUUACCGGGUCAGUCAGUAAUACACUGCCUGACCCACGAUGGCGAGUUUAAAAACCGAAGCCCUAAGACCGAGGACCGAGGAUCAAAGAGACGUAGCACCGACGGGUUGAUUCCAGAAGACAGCCGCGAUUGCUCUCGGGACUUCCCUUUUAUGCUCCCGAGCGUAGCCUCGCCCCGCCUUCGGCCACACCCCUUCUGGAUCUUACCAGAAGGUUCUCGACCGAGCAUCACGUGUCCCUCAAGCCACCCUUUUGGGCCCCCUCGCUACCCUGUCCCGGUCACGUGCCCUCUCGGGUUCACCCAGACUGUCACGUCUUUACUUGCCCUCUCUCUGACCGUCAGCAGAACCCUACCCUCCAGGGCCCGCUUCGAUGUCGUACCCACUCUGGUGCCAGAGCGAGGCCCAAGAUGCACCGUUCCACUCUUGUGACAGUAGCUGGCGCUAUACGCCAUAGUGACUCCAUUUACGUCACUACACAUGCAUUGAUUCAGCAGCGUGUGAUUUUUUGUCACUGUAGAUUUUACAUGCAAUACAGUGGACAAAAAUUUAAUUGACUUAGGAAUUUAAGAGCAAGCCUUCAUUCUUGACGGUUUAUCAAAUCGUUGAGUGAGGGAAAAUAUUACAUAUCUACAAUAGGUACUUCUCAAACUAUGUCAGUGACGAUUAAACACAGAAUAUAAACAUAACUGUUUUAUAUUUUUGCAUACGAAUAACAUGCAUUUUAGUCAUCAGCCUAUUGGCUUUCCAAUCCAAUAUUAUGCAGCAGCAUUUGUUGAAGAGCAAAAAACUCGGGACCGUUUUGGAAUUUCUGGGUCUCAUCAGCAUAGUGAGACUUUGCUAAACAAAUCUGUGGCUUUGAAGCGACGAGCAGUUUUAACAUUUCACCAUUUAGAGACUCGGUGAUGGACAAAGUGGAAUUGAGGCCAAGCACUUAUUUAGUAGUAGUGGGUGAUGUCGCAAUAGCAUGUGGUCUGGCAGAGUCUUGUCAGGUCAGUGUCUGGAGACCCAUAGUAAAGAGAAAAGUUUUAAUAUUCUAUGGCAAGAUUUUGUCGCUGGUUAAACAUUCCGGAUCGUUUGCCAUUUUGGCCAUUGUCGUCUCAGAGAAAUAUCGCAUAAUUUAGUACUACAUUGUAACCUAGAGACGUUAAUAUGUGUGGAGUGUGUUAUGAAUAAGCCAAUUUCAGGUAAGAUGGUCAUAUAUAUACGAGGAGUUUAAUUUAAAUAUGAGGGCUACCACAAAAAUAAUGCGUUAUUAUAUUUAGUUUAAAUGGUGUCUGGUUCAGAAGCAAUGCUGUGAUGUACCUAUGAUUGCAACUGUUGGUUACAUGUGGUGUGAAAGUAGUUCAACAUACAUAAGUAAAGGUGGCAGCACUGAGGCAUUGAAUUGUUCCAUGUCAGCAUCCACCAGGAGUCUUCUUUAAAGUCUUACAUUUAGAAUUUCCUGUUGGGCCCACGAACAUGUGCAGAGAGAGCUGUAAGGCAGGCACCAAGUGCCCCCCCCCCCCUCUCAUCUAGCUGUUCUAGCCCACCUACCCACAAUCCCUCAGCCGAGCAAGAUCCAGCGAGGGCUGCAGCCUCCAUAGGGACACUACUGACUGGGAUACCCCCGGCAUCUUAGGAUGUCUCUUUUGUGAGGAUGGUUUCUGCGAGUAGCCGUAUAAGGUGAGGCCUCUUCAAUUUUUUGGGUUGGAAGCUUUGGUACAACUGCUAAAUUUAAGAAUAUAAAGAAGGGCUCUGUAAAUGCUCACGGUGAAUACAAAAAAAUAUUUUUGUUGUCGCAAGUUGCAAAUCCUUAUUUUGAUUGGGCCAUUGGGAUUAACAUGUAUCCGAAGCAGGCAGGAAGUCGGCUUGUAACGAUGAAUGGAUUCGUUGGUUGUAAUCUAUUUUUACACUUACAAUACGUCGAUUGAUUUUUUGUUAAUUCAAGAAUGGAUUACUUCCAAUCGCACGCGAUGUGCUGUAACAAUGCAAUCGAUCUUCGAGGUUGUGCUGUGGAGUUCUCCAAUGUGUUUUCACGUUACCGCGUUUUGUUCGGCACGAUAUCCCGACGUUUCACUUCACAUGCUGGGAACUUUUUUUUAUGGAAGUGAAUUUUUCGGGAACUGACUUCAGUUCUGCGAAACUUCAGACAUCGGUGCCGAGCAACACGGAAAACAACCCAAAAAACACAUAGGAGAGUAAUACGUUGUUAUAUUGAGGCUAAUGGAGCAAAGGAAAUGGUGCAAAAAAGAUGGAACAACCAAGAAAUAAUUCAGACAAGAUGGUAAGAACGUGAUGAAGUUUUUUUAAUCGUAUAGGCACCCAGAAUCAUGACGAUUCAUAAAAUUCCUUGGGUUCAUCGUUCCUUGCCAAGAAAGCAGUAAUUGACUUCUCAACAGCUGAAGAUGCUAUCUCGGAUGGAGAUUCAGUGUCACGCGGUGCUUUCAUUAUACAGAGUUGUGGUUUGACUCGAGCGCUGUACAUAGAUGACAUUUAUAACAGCCCAUUGGCAUCAGAAAUCUCUUUUUUGGGAGGCAGGGAGAAAUUUAGCUCUAGGGAAUUUGAUAACUGCUCUCUCCAAAUUGAUAUCACUCUUAGAGGUAAUUUUUAACAAAUAUCCCACUGCUACCAUUGAUGAGAAUUUAGUGAGACUACCGAGAUGACCAUUACAGCAUAUUUUCACAUUCCUAUAGGCUACAGUUGCAUGCCCUUACCACAUAACAUUGAAUAUAAAUUCAAGUAAUCGCUUUCAGAGUUACUCUUGAACAAAAUUCAUGUUGUAAUCAGUGAUCUAAUGUACUGAGCAUCAUACAUAUCAGUACUGCAUGCCUAUCUGUAUAUGCAUAGGUGAGAGCCUAUUAAGAUAUUAUGCAUAUGUCAAAUACAUAUAAUAAUGAUGAUGAUAUGGGAUUUUUUCUAAAACCAACAAACCUGUGUGUACCAUUUCAAAAGCGGCAAUUUAGCUUAUUACAUUUGCAGCACUAUGUAUAUUAAAUCAUUUACAAUUUUUACCCAGGAGGGCCUUACUGAGUCUGUAAAGGCUCCCUUUCAGGAGGGUCGUGUUUGAAACAUACACUGGCUAAACAGAACGUUGUGUUACGUGACAUGCAACUUUGCGUACACAAACAGAUCCUACCAGUUCACCAGUGGGGUCGGUCAUUUAUAUUUAGUCGCUAUUCAACGCAAGUAAUUUUUUAAAUUAUAUUUUUACAUACGUAAUAAAAUACUUCCACGACGAUGCUUGUGCUUCUUUAAUUAACGGUAGUACGGCACAGCUCCGCUCCCUCCCCCUCCGGGUGAUUUCGCUCUUCUCAACAUCGUAGACGAGGCGUCCCUCUCCGAGUUACCCCCACGGCUCACUCCACUCUCCCGGCCUCACCGCUGACUGACGGCGUGCCAGAAGGAGGGGAGAGCUUCGUUGGAGGAUCCGCCACGUGGUCCGUGGCGAGGAGAGGAUGAGCAGCGAUGCGGUCCGGAACCCAGGCUUCCCACACCGACCACGAGUCCUCCCCUCCCUGUCCUCUAGCCACGCCCCCUCCCUCUUCUCUAGCCACGCAGGUGGUACGGCAACGACCCUGGUCCGUAAGCAGCUGUUUGGGAGCACCCUUAUCCAUAACAUACCCGUUCAAAAACGCGUUGGCAAUGGAAGCCGCCGACUGGUCUGGUAGCGGCCAAGCCAUCAGCCAGCGAGAAAAAUAUUCGACACCCACCAAAAAUAAUUUGUUCCCUCUAGAUGUGACCGGAAAGGGCCCUAAGACAUCGAGUGCCACCAACUCGUUGAUACGCGGCGGGUGACAUUUCUGCUGCGGCAGUUUCCUCUGAGCACAAGCCGUACAAGAUUGGAUCCAUUUGGAGACAUCGGCCGUCAUCCCCGGCCAAUAGUAAUCCCGUUGCAAUGUCAACAGCGACUUCUGAACUCCACGGUAUAACAAUUUCUCCCCAUGCAGCACACGAACCAACCCGCCAACGAUCCAAUGUAUCCUCCCUCCACAUCAAAAGGCCAUCGUGAAAAGUCAACCGACCACCCUCGCCAGCAGGGAAAGUCACCUGCGCGCGCCCUGCCCGACGCCGAAGAUCCCCUAAAGAGUCGUUAAGCAGUUGCUCGCACAUCCAUACAGCGUGAGGAAGCUGCAACUCGCUGUCAACUGGCACACCCGUGUCUAGAGGCUUAUAAGCGGCGACAGCAGACAUUGCCGUACAUGCCUGUAAGGCAAGGGGUCCACAACGACUCGUCCCAGACAAACACGGGCAGCGAGGCAAUUGUGGCAGUCGCAAUAAAGCAUCCGCGUUGGAAUGGCGAGAGCCUUUACGGUAAACAACGCUGAAAGAGAAUUCCUGCAAAAUUUCUAGCCAACGAGAGAGUUGGCCAGCUGGCUGCUCGAUUUUCAAAGUAGUAUUGAAGAGCUGCAUGAUCGGUGGAGACAACAAACUCCCUGUCAUAAAGGUGUGCUAAACGCAGUUUUGGGUUUUGAUGAGUCGUCCAGGGGUAGCUGCCAAGGCCCUAAGACAGAUCAAGAGUGGAAAAAUACCGUGCGCCGGACAAGGCAUUUAGAGAGUCAUCCAUACGCGGAAGUGGAUAUGCGUCGGCUACCGAAACUUUAUUCAGCUUGCGGAAAUCGACGCAAAAUCUGAGCCUACCACCUUUUUGGACAAGCACAACGGGCGCGCCCCAGGGACUAUUAGACGGGGAGAUAAUAUCGGCGGCCAGCAUGUCGUUGACCGUUGUACGCGUUCCUUCUCCACCGGGCUCAACCGGUGUGAGUUUGUCGAAUAGGGCUGGACUCACCCAUAUCAUUAUUUCGUCCCUAACUAAAAAUGUCCGAAAAUUCGCAUAGUAGAGCACGCAAUCUACCCCGUUGGUCAGAGGACAAGGACGCAUUCUCCCCACACAACGCGGCAACCAAUCACUCAUCCGGCACAUGGCAGGGCUGAGCCGCUCCCACCAACCGCCGUGGCUCAACCUCGUCAUGGUCUGAAAACACGGUGGUGGCAUGAGCCAACACCGUACCAGCGGGAACUAUCAUAACGUCCGGCCCCCCGUUGAGUACCUGCAAGAACGGGACCUGCUCGGAGCGAAUUAUUGUCUGUGCACCAGAAAACGCCAGACCUCGAGUUGCGGUAUUAGACGGGGUCAAAAGGAUCCCAGCCUUCGGAUCAACACACCCAAAUCCCCUUACGAUAGCACAAUGGCACAAGCAUCUGGGAACCCAGCGGAAUCUCUACCUUGAUAUCAACGAGGGCCUGAACUGCAGCGCCCGGUGGCAAGCGCAGCAAUGGGGACGGCAAAAAAGCAAUUUGCGACCCGAAGGCAUCUCCAAGCAACCCUGAUCGACCAGGAUCUUAACGGGCAUAUGUCGAAGGAAAUCAGUACCCAACAAACAGGGCACAGAUAACAACCUAGAGAUCAAAACCGGUCCUGAUACGGCAACAUCACCAAUAACAAUGAGGGCAUCCAACUGGCCAAUGAUGCCCAUGCUGCCCCCAUUAGCCGCAACACAAGCAUCAACGAUUUGAGUAACGGGAAUUGACAACAAUUGAAAAAUUACAUCCGUGUCCACCAAGAUGCUCCCUGUAUCGAACCGGGUACCGUCGAGGAUCCCGCAGCCGCCGCCGCGACCACCCAACGCCCAAUUUCUUCCAUUGUGUGAGCGAAUUGGGCCAAUUCCGUGUAACCGAACCCGAAUGGCCGGAAUUAACAAUCGAAUCUAGCUGUGAGCGAACGGCACCAUGACCUGAGAUGCAUGAGGUUGCAAAAUGGGCCGUGUGUCUGAUGUGUACCGACUCGCCUGCGGGUUUGGAGGAUGAGCCAUCAGAGGGGCAGCAGGAGCCGCAGCUGAAGAUGGAGAACGAGGACGACUCCGGCAUUCCCUCGCGAAGUGACCCAGCCGGCCGCAUCGGUAGCAGGUGACGGCCGGCCUUUGUGACCCCCGAUCAUCACGGGGACGUGGUCCUACGGACCCCCGGCGACGAGCAGCAUCACCCCGUUUCUGAUCCCAUCGAUAAGCCGCAGCUGCUAGAUCGCCGUCGGGAGACUCGUCCCCAGGCGGAAUGCCGACAACCUUGGCCGGUGACCAGCCCUGUGGUUCCCCGUCAUGACUAGGGUCACCCGUACACGCCGCCAUCUGCGACCACCACUGCAGAUUCUCGUGUGCAUGAAGGCAUUUAGCAGCCCAUCGGGACGAUUGCAUCUCGUGGCUGCACGCAGAUAGAACUACUCCCAUGUCCCUUGCCAGCGCUAGCAUACGGUCCAUUACAAGCAGGUCGAGGGCCUCUUGUUUCACAUCGGGGUAGGCAGCCAUGGCCAACGCCAUCAAAUCACUAUGGUAGGCAAGGGGAGAUUCUGAACUACCUCGCUUACGCUGCAUAAACUUCCUCCGUGUGUCUGAAGGUGGCUCAUAGGCUUCCGCCAUCUCGGCAUACGCACUUUGCAACGUUGCUCUCUUUUCCGGAGGAAUAGACCUGAAGACCGCCAGAGCGUCGUCAUCUAACACGGUCGGUAGAGCGACCAGCGCCUCCUCCUCCUCCGUCCAGUGGACCGAUUGGAACGCCGCCUCGAAACGCCAGGUGAAGGCGCUCCAGUCGCCACCAGCCGCAAUGAAGUCUUUAACAUGAGGAAGUCGAUGGCUGCGAUCGGCACUGCCCAGUACGGCAGCAGCAGCAGCUGCCGCACCCUCCACAGCACGCGGCCCGUCGGAAAUGGCCGGCUCCGAACCCGCCCAUCGCUGUACUGUCCAAGAUGGCGGUGUCCAGCCGCACGGGCAGGUUUUUUUUCCAUCAAAUUUCCCCGCCUCUGUCCACCCACGACAUUGAGAAGAUCGGCAAGUCGCGUGCAGUGAGAUGAAGUGUGGGUACGCCCACCUCUUUUCAAUCCAUCUGGUCAGUGUAGAAAAGCAGACCAAAAUGCCCUCUCGCGUUCGCCCGAGUGGAGAGAACCCCUCCGCCAAUGGUGGCCUGAGCAAGCAAUUUCAGGGCUGCACCUGAACACUUGGGCAGGUAUUUGAGCGGCUGCUCAUGUCGCCCCAUUGCUUAUAUUUACAGGUGCGUCAUUCAUGGUUGCUGUUGUCCUACCAGCAGCUGUAAGGACCAAGUCAUAGUUGUGGAACCACAUGGGCUCACUUACUGCUGGGUUGCGUUUUACAGUUUAUUUUAUAUUUUAUGAAUUGUACGUAUGUAGAAUAGGUGUUCUUAGUUUAUUUGUGACCACUUUUAAUCGUUUUUUUUUGGAUUGGCAUAUGCAUAUAAUGUAGGUACUGCAGUGUACGUUUGGUUGUUUGUGUCUCAUUUAGCACAUGCUGGACAAUUUACAAAGUGUGUAUUUUUUUCACUAUGUUUAUGCAUGUGUUUGCGGUUUUCCGGAUGUGUUGAAAAUAUUAAAUGUACCAUAGACUCAUGCAGGUAAUAAUUUACAGCUAUUUGUUAUUCUGCUGCUGGAUGAAGGCCUCCAGAUGUUAGUCAUGGGGUUGUUUGAGUUUACUUCACCAUGCCGGUCAUUGCGGGUUUAUGAAAAGGGAAGCCCAGGACCAGUUCAGAUAUUACUUGCCACUCGGCUUAGCUCAGGCUGGGCAUCUGAUGCAGUCUCCAACUUCAUAUUGCAGGGCGAUAACCACUGUGGCGGUCACACGAUUAACUAAAACUAAACUAAUCUAUGUAAUAAUCCCUGGCAUAAUUAUUCUCUUCUAUUUUAUAUUAAACACAUUGCAGAUGUCAUUCUAAAAAAAUAUUAACCAUGUAUAUGCGUAAGGUCAUAUUCCCAUCUCGAUAUAAUGGCCAAUACACAUGGCCCUAGUGAUUCUCACACUGUUAUUGGGCAUGGAAAUGUUACAUUUCUACAUUUUCACCAUGAAGCUGGGGGUAAAAGCAGUGUUCCCCGAACUUGAAUGGGGUUAUUAUACAUUGGGUCCUUUAACCAGCUGAUAAUACAUUUUGUAUUUAUAUACUCUUGGUUCUUUCUGUAAAGUCACAUAGGUAAAGAAAUAAUCGAUAAAAAUCACUCCCACUUUAGUAUUAAUUUUUUUGCUGUGGUGUUCACACCUGAUGACGAUUGAUUGUGUUGCAAUCGAAACGUCGUGAUUUAAUUUUUAUUUAUUUUUAUCUUUUAUUUAUUAUUUUCUUUACCUACGAUACUUUACCGAAAAAACCAUGAGUAUGGAUCCUUGCAGUCACGAAAACUUCAAAUCUAGAAUUUAGGAUUUAGUUUUUUUUUCCAAAGGUGACCUGGAUGGGUGUAGUUGGAGUUAACAAUUUUUCUGUUGAUAUACCCGAAGUAUACCAUGGGCAACGUUGGGCCUACGUUCGCAUGCGGUUAGAACCAUUGGACCAACGUUCAUGCAACGUUGGCCUAACGUUCCAUGUUUACCGGGUUACUUUAUGUAUAUGUCCAAGGAUAUGUGUAAAAUGUGCACAGAGUUGUCUUACACUGAUUGCUUUACCAUUUUUGAAUGAAGAUGGCCUAAACUGGAACGGUACAAGCCAUGUGUGGUCUAUAUCAUGUGUUCUUAAACUUAUGCAGAAUUGCACUUGCAAUCAUCAGUUUGCGUUGACCAAUGACUUAGAGCUAUGUACAAUAUUAGAUGAGCAUGCAUUGCGUAACUGAUUCUAUUUUUUAAAUAAAGUGAACACAUUACAGUA